AUGGAUAAAAGAAAUCUUACAGUCGUCAAUGAAUUUGUUCUUCUGGGACUUUCCAGCUCAGCAGAGCAGCAACGACUCCUGACCCUGCUGCUCCUCUCUGUGUACUUGGUCACCAUAUCAGGGAACACACUCAUCAUCUUAGCUAUUGGCUGUGACUCUCACCUCCACUCCCCCAUGUAUUUCUUCCUUAGCAACUUGGCCUUUGUGGACAUCUGUUAUACUUCCACCACAGUUCCUCAAAUGGUAGUCAACACCUUGACAGAUACCAAGACUAUUUCUUUUUCAGGCUGCCUCACCCAGCUCUUCUUCUUCAUUUCUUUUGUGAAUAUGGACAGCCUCCUUCUCUGUGUGAUGGCUUAUGAUAGGUAUGUGGCAAUCUGUCACCCUUUGCAUUACACCUCCGUAAUGAAUCUUCAUUUCUGUGUCCAGCUGGUGGCUGGGCUCUGGGUUGUGACCUAUCUCCAUGCCCUUCUACACACCGUCCUAAUGGCACAUCUCUCCUUCUGUGCCUCCAAUGUUGUGCAUCAUUUCUUCUGUGAUCUGAACCCACUCCUGCAGCUCUCCUGUUCUUCUGUAUCCUUCAAUGUGAUGGCCAUCUAUACAGUAGGAGCUCUCUUGGCUCUCAUACCUUUUGUCUGCAUCCUCAUAUCUUAUGUGCUUAUCUUCUCCACUAUUCUGAAGGUCACUUCCACUCAGGGGAAACAGAGAGCAUUUUCAACCUGUGGAAGCCACCUGUCAGUGGUGGUGUUGUGCUAUGGCACAGCCAUUGCUGUCUACUUCUGUCCCUCUUCUCCUCAUAACCCUGAGAGGGACACAUUGUCAUCUGUCAUGUAUAAUGUGGUGGCUCCAAUGCUGAAUCCUUUCAUCUACAGCCUAAGGAAUAGGGAUAUGAAGAGAGCACUCAUGAAAAUGCUUUGUAAAUGUACAGAUUUUUAUCACCAAUAA